GAGCGGCGGCCGGGGGCGGAGCGCGGCGAGGGCUGCUGGGCGCGCCCGGGCUCACGCCCGCUCCCCGCCGGGCCCUCAGCGCUCGCCGGCUCCCGGCCCCAGUCCGCCUGCCCGCCCCGCGCAGGGGCCGAGUCGCGAGCCGCGCCGGCGACCCGGCGUCCGGGCGCGCCGGAGAGGACGCGAGGAGCCAUGAGGCGACAGCCGGCGACGGUGGCGGCGCUGCUGCUCGGGCUGCUCUUGGAGUGCACAGAAGCCAAAAAGCAUUGCUGGUAUUUUGAAGGACUCUAUCCAACCUAUUAUAUAUGCCGCUCCUACGAGGACUGCUGUGGCUCCAGGUGCUGCGUGCGGGCCCUCUCCAUACAGAGGCUGUGGUACUUCUGGUUCCUCCUGAUGAUGGGCGUGCUCUUCUGCUGCGGAGCCGGCUUCUUCAUCCGGAGGCGCAUGUACCCCCCACCGCUGAUCGAGGAGCCAGCCUUCAACGUGUCCUACACCAGGCAGCCCCCAAAUCCUGGCCCAGGAGCCCAGCAGCCGGGGCCGCCCUAUUACACCGACCCAGGAGGACCGGGGAUGAACCCUGUUGGGAAUUCCAUGGCAAUGGCUUUCCAGGUCCCACCCAACUCACCCCAGGGGAGUGUGGCCUGCCCGCCCCCUCCUGCCUACUGCAACACGCCUCCACCCCCGUACGAACAGGUAGUGAAGGCCAAGUAGCGGGGCGCCCUCGUGUGAGACGAGAGACGAGAGACGGGAGAGGGCCUUUCCCCGGCCUUUCUGUCCCCGUGGAUGUUCGUGUCCAGGAAUGGUCUCAUGGGCCGCCAAGAGCAGUUCCUCUGAUAUCCUCACAGCAAGCACAGCUCUCUUUCAGGCUUUCCAUGGAGGACAAUCUGUGAACUCACACUGUGUCUCCUCUGUCGCUUCUGUUUCUGACAAAGUCUGUGCUCUCACGUGGCAGUGUGGUGACAGUCCCCGAGGGCUGACGUCCUUACGGUGGUGUGACCAGAUCUUCGGGAGAGAGACUGAGAGGAAGAAGGCAGUGCUGGAGGUGCAGGUGGUGUGUGGAGGGGCCGGGCCAGGCAUCCUGGGCAAGCAGCCUUCGGCCGGGUAUUAGCAGGAAGCCCCACGCCGGGUGGCUCAGCCAAUGAAGCAGCAGCCGGCUGAGCUGAGGCCAGCGACCUUCUCCAGCCUGUCCUCCCGUCAGCCGUCCUCUUCCAGAAGCUGUUGGAGCGACAAUCAGGAGAGAGCAAGCCCCUUGUCACGUUUCUGUCUCUGUUCGCUUCCUAAAGACAGGCUUCUCCUGCACCGCCAGGGAAGAGCAGCGCAUGCCGCUCUCACCGCAGGAUGUUGCCUAGAAUCAGGCCUGCAUUGGAGGUCUGACGGUGAUCUGAAAUUCACUAAGGAAAGUUAUUUAAAUUCAUGGGAAAUCACUUCCUGCCCUGAACUGAGACAUUGCAUUCUGUGAGCUCUUGGGUCUGACUUAGAGAAAGCACUGUUACCCGUUUCUUCAGUGUGUUUAUGGAAGUGCAUGUAGAGUGUCCUGUCCUUGAGAUCGGACUGGGCAUGUGUCUUCCCUCCGACGUCACUGCCUCUCCAGGGUGUUCUCAGGCCCGGGGGUCCCCUUCCCUCCAGCAGCUCCAAUGGUGGGUUCUGAAGGGCAGUUUGAAAGCAGGGGGCACAUCUGACUGGGAAGUCACAUGGCCCUUCCUGGAAGAGAGACCGGCUGAGGUGUCAGCAGGGCAUGGCCAGCCAUGCUGACCGUAGUGCAUGAUGGUUCUGUUGGGUCUGAGCGCAUGUAUGCUGCGCUCCAAGGAGGAGGAGCUUGCUGGGAAAAGAGAGAAGUACUGACUCAACUGCAUUGACCAUGUCAAAAUUAGAAUAAAGAAGAUAUGUGAUGCACAUUCCUGGAGAGGAAUCGCAGCUCACCCCAGGGUCUCACAGAUAGUCUCCUGAGUAGUUGAUGGCUAGCGGGAAUCUAGCUCUGUCCUGCUGCAUAGUUGUAGUGAUGAUGUGUGAGUCCUGACCUGUCCUGUGUGCUGACGAGCAAUGCCACUUAGCUGAGCCUCCUAGAUUACUAGAUGUGCUGUAUCAUGGGGAAUGAGGUAGGGGUGCUUAUUUUUUAGUGAACUAAUCAGAGCCUCUUGAGAAAUCAUUACUCGUUGAAUUGGAGCAUCAAGACCUCUCACGGAAGUGGCUACGGAGUCAUUUGUUGUCCGUGCUUUUCACUCUGAGGACAUAGAAUCAGAGAACCUCCUGGGGAAUUCCACGGGAAAUACUUGGAAACAAAACAGACACCCUGGGAAUGCAGUUGAAAGCACAGAUGCUGCCACCUCUGUCUCUGACCCACCCUGGUGUGACCACUGGCCGCCAGGGCGGGACCUCCCAUGCUGCAGGCCUCCAUCUAAAUGAGACAGCAAAGCACAAGCUCAUUGUUUACAACCAAGACAACUGCGUGGGUCCAAACACUCCUCUUCCUCCAGCUCAUUUGUUUUGCAUUUUUCAUGUCAGUUUCUCCCUUUAUUUUUUGUAACGGAAAAGCACACUAAGCUGCCCCUGGAAUCGGGUCCAGCUGAAUAGGCACCCAAAGGUCUGUGACUCAAUUUCAUUUAUCUUUUUGAUAGCAAAUGAUGUUAAGAGACUGAGUGAAGGCUAGGGCGCCACAAUUUUAUAUUCCCAUGUUUGUGUGAGACGGAUUUUGUUUUCCCUUGAACCUAGUUAGAAUUGUGCUACUGUGAACGCUGAUCCUGCAUAUGGAAGUCCCACUUCAGCGACAUUUCCUUGCUAUUCUUGUUUCCAUUGUGUGGGUGGUGGGUCGCGUCCACUUCCUGGAGUGAGACAGCUCCUGGCGUGUGGAAUUCCCGGCACGUCCGUGGUUCAGAGUAAACUUGAAGCAGAUCUGUGCAUGCUUUUCCUCUGUAACAAUUAGCUCAUUUCUCUUUUUUGUUCUCUUUUGAUAGGAUCCUGUUUCCUAUGUGUGCAAAAUAAAAGUGAAUUUGGGCAUGU